GGUGGGCAUCGGAUAACUUGGUGGGUAAGAAAGUCAAUACAAAUUGCUUAUUGCUUGACUCCUUGUCCUUGUUCUCUUCCUUUACUCUCCUCUCCGUCUACUCGCUUCCAUUUCUCCUUCUCCACUUCAAAAUUCGAAAUCCUCCGCUGCUCUAUCUCCCUAUCUUCCCUCGUUGUCUUUCUCCACACUCGACGGUGCCCACCGGUACUUUUAUCCAGGUUCUCCUUCGAUAGCAAACAAAGGGGUCUGAAGGGGGGUUUUCCAUCUGCUGUUCAAGCUCACAGUUGAAGUUUCAAUGGCCAAAAAAUCUGAUUUAAGACCAACAAUGCUAUCUGUAUACCUUUAUAUUCCCAAUAUCAUUGGAUACAUAAGGGUUCUAAUGAACUGUUUUGCCUUUGCCCAAUGCUUUUCCAACAAAAAGUUAUUCUCCAUCCUUUAUUUUAUUAGCUUUGUGUGUGAUGGCAUAGAUGGUUGGUGUGCUCGCAAAUUCAAUCAAGUUUCUACAUUUGGAGCUGUUUUGGACAUGGUAACAGACAGGAUUAGCACUGCCUGUCUACUUGUAAUUCUUUCCCAAGUGUACCGGCCUGGUUUGGUUUUCCUCUCAUUGCUUGCGUUAGAUAUUGCCAGUCACUGGUUGCAGAUGUACAGUACUUUCUUGUCGGGCAAGGUUAGUCAUAAAGAUGUGAAAGAUAGCACUAAUUGGCUUUUCAAGUUAUAUUACGGAAAUAGGAUGUUUAUGGCAUACUGCUGUGUGGCUUGCGAGGUUCUUUACAUAUUGUUGUUUCUUCUUGCAAAGAACGACUCUGAGAAUUUGAUGAAUGUUUUAGUAAGCUCAGCAAAACAAAAUGCAUUGCUUGCUGCUCUACUUGGGUUGAGUUUAUUUGGAUGGGCGGUCAAGCAAGCUGUUAAUGUUAUACAGUUGAAGACAGCUGCUGAUGUGUGUGUGCUUUAUGACGUUGAGAAGAAGCAUAAGCCCUAAGGCUUAAAAAUUUCUUAUAAAAAUCAAGCUGGGUCCCAUGUUCAUACUCUGUUGCUCACAUGUUAAAUAUCCAUCUUAACAUAGUGUAGAUGGGUUUGAUAUUAGCAAUUAAUUAAUUGUAACAGUAGGUGUACUUUGAUGACAUGUUUCAUCUUUGUUGAAUUUUCUAAUUUACCCCCUUUUUUUUUACCCUCUAUGGGGGUCUGUAAAUUGUGAAUUAACAUAGUCUUGUUACAUUUUGGUUAUGUGUGUGACAGUUUGCAUCAUAAUUUUUUUUACUAAUCAUAAACAGUGACUUUGCAUAA